GGACGAGCCCCUCCAUCGCGCCGGCCACGACCUCUGGACUGAGCUCUUCUCUCAGCGCAGCCAGCUUCCUCUCCGUCCGCCCACGGGCACAUCCGUGGACGAGCUGGAAGACUUCCUCCGGCUUCAGCGCUCUCAGGAGAUUUCUGCCUUGGUCAUGUCCAGUUAUCUAUACUGUUACCUGGACAACUGAAUCGCUGCUACUUCUGUUGAGAAGAUAGAAUAAUAGAAUGCGUCUUUCAUGUCUUGCUAAACCUCUGCAAAGAAGCAGGCGGAACAGUGGUUCUCCCGCGGACGUGGAACGAGAAGGAGCUUCGACCAAGCUACCCUCACUUAAGUUCUAUGGUUCACCAAAACAAUGUUUAUGUGUGUAUGUGUGUCAGGUUCCAGACAAAACCUUAAAAACUUUAAUUAAUUCCAGAGUUUCACAGAGAGUUUGACAGACUCAAUGAAACGGUGUAACGGUGAAACAUAUAUUUCAAAAUGUAUUUAUUGAUUUCAUUUUUUUUUAUUUGAUGCCAAUUUUAAAUAAUUGAUGACACAUUCAAUUGUGUAUAUGUUCAUUUCAUUUUGACUGUUUUAAAAUUCAAUAGAAAAUGGGCCGCAUGAUCCACCCCUGUCCACUAGGUGGCGCCGACCUCACUUUAGAGUAGUUGAAAUCCGCCAAAAAACCCAGAAGAAAAAUGUUUAAGCGGCAUUUAUCUUUUUGCUAUUUUUUGUGUAUUUAAAGCUUGACUUUUCGUUUAAACUUUCCUGGAAAUGCCUGUUUAUUACAGGUGUCCUGCACCCUGAGUUUUUUUUGUCGGUGAACUGCUUCUUUUUAUCAGUUUAAGAUGUACCCAGACCGGCAUUGUGUGUGUUUUUAAUCGGAGUCUUUUCUUGCGAUAUACUCCAGUCCACCAGGUGGCGGUAGCGUCACUCUAGAUUCGCUGAGCCGCCCGAAAACCCCAAGGAAGACUGGUUUCCUGUGCUGCAGAUGCCCAGGUAGCAUGUAGCAGCAGGUAAAGAGUUCUGACUUCAUUUCUGGACUGUAAAAUAAAUAAGACAAUGUUCGGUUUCCUGACCUCACCGUGAGUGUUUAUGAGUCCGCUUCGGGUCGUCGGAGAGCGCGAGGGGUUUUGUCUCGUGGGCAUUAAGCAUGCAGCAACUGAGCUUGAUGAUGAGCAAGUGACUGUUGUUGUGACCUUUAUUGGGGGCUCUUCACGAGCUGUUGACUGUGAUGAAGAGGAUGAUGAUGAUGAUAUGAGGACAUGGAAACCUGGACCCCGAACCCGCGAGCCAAACCGUUCAUCCCGCGUCAGCAGAGAAGCUGGUACCGGACCAUGAAGUACAAACUGAUCAACAAGAGGAGGAUCUGGCAAUCCUGCCAGUUCCUCUCGGUGGUGUUUCUCCUCUUUACUAUCAUUUUUAACAUUAAGAUAAUUGUGGACACCAGCAGAGUUUUGAAUGAAGAUGCAGCAGCUCAAGAGUACGAAGAUGUUGCUGCCAACAUGGAGACCCCACAGAGGCCAGCGAAGGGACGCAAGGUCCUGGACAUCGAAGUCUAUUCCAGCCGCUCCAAAGUCUAUGUGGCUGUUGACGGCACAACUGUGCUGGAGGACGACAUGCGAGAGCAAGGCCGAGGCAUACAUGUGAUAGUCCUCAACCAGGCAACCGGUCACGUCAUGGCCAAGAGAAUAUUUGACACCUACACCCCCCAUGAGGACGAAGCCAUGAUCUUGUUCCUCAACAUGGUGACUCGGGGGAGAAUCCUCAUUUUCACCAUAAAGGACGAGGGAACGUUCCACCUGAAGGACGCAGCAAAGAACCUGCUGAAAGGUCUGGGCAGCCAGGUGUCCCUCAACCUCGACUGGAGGGACAUGUGGACUCUGGUGACCAAGAAAGGAGGUCAGGUCUAUGGAGAGAAGCAUUCAAAGUCUCCGGCUCCGUCCACCUGGGGCGACCCGGUGCUGCUGAUAACAGAGGUGCAGCUGACGGCCUCCGAAGAAGCGGAAUGCCUCUGGGCUGAUACGGAGCUCAACAGGAGAAGGAAACUCUUCUGCAGCAAGGUGGAGGGAUAUGGCAGCAUCUGCAGCUGCAAAGACCCCGCCCCCAUCGAGUUCAACCCCGACCCUCUUCCAAACAGCAAUGUCUUUAAUGUCCCGGUGGCUGUUAUCGCAGGCAACAGACCCAACUACUUGUACAGGAUGCUGAGGUCGCUUCUUUCGGCUCACGGCGUCAACCCCCACAUGAUCACCGUCUUCAUUGACGGAUACUACGAGGAACCGAUGGAUGUGGUGGAGCUGUUUGGACUGAAGGGAGUUCAGCACACACCGAUCAGCAUCAAGAAUGCCAGAGUGUCCCAGCACUACAAGGCCAGCCUGACUGCAACUUUUAACCUCCACCCAGAAGCCAACUUUGCUGUUGUCCUAGAGGAAGACCUGGAUAUCUCCAUCGACUUCUUCAGUUUCCUGAGUCAGACUAUCCAUCUCCUGGAUGAAGACGAUAGUCUAUACUGCAUCUCCGCCUGGAAUGACCAGGGGUACGAGCACACAGCGGAGGACCCAUCCCUGCUCUAUCGAGUGGAGAGCAUGCCAGGCCUGGGCUGGGUCCUCAAGAGGAGCAUCUACAAAGAUGAGCUGGAACCAAAAUGGCCGACACCUGAGAAGCUGUGGGACUGGGACAUGUGGAUGAGGAUGCCCGAGCAGAGGAGAGGCAGGGAGUGCAUCAUCCCUGACGUGUCGCGCUCGUACCACUUCGGCAUCAUUGGCCUCAACAUGAAUGGCUAUUUCCAUGAGGUCUACUUUAAGAAGCACAAGUUCAACACAGUUCCUAAUGUGCUGCUGAAGAACGUGGAGAGUUUAAAGAAAGACACCUAUGAAGUGGAGAUCCAGAAGCUGCUGAAAGAGGCCGAGGUGCUGGACCACUCCAAGAACCCCUGUGAGGACUCAUUUGUGCCGGACACUGAGGGGAAGACUUACGUAAUGUUUAUAAAGAUGGACUCUGAGGCAGACACGUCCACGUGGACCGAACUCGCCAAGUGCCUGCACGUUUGGGACCUGGAUGUUCGAGGAUACCACAACGGCCUCUGGAGGCUCUUCAGGAAGAGAAACCACAUCUUGGUGGUGGCUGUGCCCAUCUCCCCGUACUCAGUGAGGAAGCCGGCUGCCAUCACUCCUAUUCACAUAGAACCUGCUCCCAAAGAAGAAGGAGCGCCGGUGGAGCCGCUGUAGGACCGAUGGUACAUUUCCGCCUUAACGCCUCCUACUGUUCAUCCUGGAGCAUCAGACAAGAAACCAGGAAGAUUUUUAUUCAAUAUUUUGGAGUUAACUAAACUCUAAGUUGCACAUCAAUGUCCAUCCAGCAGAUUUGAGGGGUGAACAAUAACACUAAAACGCCUAAGUGUCGGUCGCUGCUUUUCUGUCUCCAUGACAACUGUUUUGUUCAGCUGACACAAGAAAAAAAACACCAAAUUUCAGUGUUUACUUUCUCUGCUGCUUAUUAACUACUGAACACAUUUCCCAACAAACCCUUCUCUUAACUUAUCUCUAUUUAUUUCCAUCUUUUGUUUUCUUAAACCUUGUGCUCUCUUGUGGGGUCCAGAUGACCUCAUGUUUAAUGUAAACAUGCCUAGGAUAGCACAAAGGUUAAGGACAAAAUAAUUUAUCGAUACCUGAACAUUUCAAGAGCCUAACAUUUCAUGACGUGAUGAUGUACAUACAUGCAGAUCUAUAUAUAUUUUCUAAAAACAACAAAAAUGGUUCAUGAAUUUUCCACUGCUUUACAAUGGCCUGUAUGAAGGAGCCCGGUAAGUUUUUACCGUCAUUCUGUUUUCUGAGAGGAUGCAAUCUUUAUUGACAUCCAAACAUUGACAAAAAUGAGCAUUUUUAAACGAUUCUGAACUUCAUUAAAGGUUGAAUAAAGAUAAAAGAAGAAAAACUUUGAUACGCAGUGACUCAAUAAUUAAAAACUUAGUUUCUUCCAAACUAAGAAUUGAGUUUAUUAUUAUGUAUCUAAGCCUGAAUGUUUGAAUAAAAGGAACGGCACAAAAUUUUGUUUAAAAAAUCGACUGUUGCUCUUGUUUUUUAUAUAUUUCUUUUAGAACAAAAGACUGAAAAUACUAUUAUUUUAUUUCUUUGCUUGUUUUAGUUGAAAUGCUAGUUUCUCUUAUAAACUGCAGAUGGUACUGCUUUGCGAAAAAAACAAAAAAAGUCUUAUUCUGGUAAAGAUCUUCAAUCCAAAAAACACAAUUAGAGCAAUUUACCAUAAAAGUCUUCAAAGAUACACUCCUGAUCUUAAGACCAGUUAAGAAAUGGCAUGACUUUGUACUUUGCAUGGCUAGAUUGUAACAAGGUUCUAAGUAGAGCUGCUAAAUGUAAAAUGACGAAAUGGGAACAAGAGGCCAAAUGUUUUGAGCAGACAAUUUAAAGAACAAUUAAACUGAAGUAGGCGAUUUAUCAAUUGAUCAAAAGAAAAACGCUGUGAUGCCUUUAAAGGGUCCUGACAAAAAUAUUAGUUCUGUUGUUCCUCUUUCCUCUUUUUAGCAACUCAAAGCUCUUUAUAGAACCCCGUUGAUGUCCAUCUGUGAUAAAAAUGCAAAUUCUUACGUUUUCUAAACUGCAUGGUCUUAAGAUUUUGACCAGAAGUGUAUUCUUUAAAUAUCUGUUAAAGUAAAUAUUAAUAAGAAACUCGAAAAGCAGCAAAUAAAAGCUAUAUAGUUUAUAUAUCCUUAUUUGAUUAAGAGGUUUCAUUCAUUUUAACAGGGAUUCUGAGUAAAAAAUAACUUAAUGUUAAAAAAUUAUUGUCAGAAAUAACAUAUUUAGGUGUUUUAAAUGAUGUGGAUAGAAUUUCUUUCUUAAAAAUAUAAAACAAAUAAUUUACCCCUCAUUGUUAUGGUACCUAAAACAAACUUCUAUAAAUCAAAUGCAAUGAUAAUAUUUCUGGAUUUUGCACCAAACUAAUUUUUGCUUCCAUUAGAAAAUAUCUUUACUUUUUGUUACUUUAAACCUCCCCAGAAUGUCUAAUACGUUUUUAACUGCCUUGAGAGACCUCACUCUGUUCAAACUUUACAGUCAUUAUUUUCAUAUAAAUCCAUUUUUUGUUAGAGGUAGUUUUUAGUAAAAUAAGUCCGUUUUAAUUUAGCUUUCCAAAAGACAAAUGCUUACGAUUUGCACAUUUCAAACUGGCAUUUCUAUUGUCUUUUUUUCUUUGUUUUAUUUUGAAAGAACUGAACUGAAAUGAGUGUUUGUUUUUUCACCCUACCAGGUGAUUUUGAGUCAACCUGUAUGAUCAACUGGAGUUACUGUAUAUUUUUUCCUCAUGAUAAUAAAAAAAAUGUUUUGUUUUUUAAACUGA